AUGGCAGCCAUCGAGAGCUUCAGUGCCACCCACCCCGGUGACCCUGAGCCCGGGGACCUCAUCGAGAUCUUCCGACCAGCUUACCAGCACUGGGCCCUCUACCUGGGGGAUGGGUACGUCAUCAACGUGACGCCUGUAGGUAAGGCUGGGGCCCGGGUGAGGAUGCAGCUCCUGAAGGAUGUGGUGGGAAGCGAUACCUACCACAUCAACAACAAGUAUGAUGGCACCUACGCUCCCCUCCCAGUGGAGGAGAUCAUCCGGCGUGCUGAGUAUCUCAUUGACCAGGAGGUCUCUUACGACCUGCUCAGCAACAACUGUGAGCACUUUGUGACGCUGCUCCGCUAUGGCGAGGGUGUCUCUAGUCAGGCCAACAGAGCAAUCGGUGCCAUCGGGUUUGUGACAGCUGCUGCUGGUGCCUUCUCCUUGUUGGGCUUGCUCCGGAGCAGAUCCAGAGAGAGACAGUACUAA